ACUGAUGGGAAGCAUUGAACAUUCCAGAAGAUGGCGGUAAUGCAACACUAAGGAUGCAAGCUGCCGCUAAACCCCAAAGAGGAGGAAGAAGUCGCUGCUCGAGCCCUCCAUGCGUCUUCCAUAGACAUUUAAUAUGGAAUUCAGAAAUAUACAGUGUAUGGUCUCUUGUCAUACCUGUUGAUAGUUUGGAGGCGGGUUGACGGGUUGAACAAGGGGAGUCUCUGAGGAAAGCUGGGAGAGAUGAACAGUGAAAACUUCAGCCUGGGUGAGAAGAUAGUGUCAACCUCCUACAUUCGACAGGGGAGGGAGGCACGUCGUAGCCAUGAGCAGCUCAUCAGACACCUACUGGAGCAGGGUAAGUGUCCAGAGGAGGGAUGGAGCGAGAGCAGCGUAGAGCUCUUCCUGAACGAGCUGGCUGUGAUGGACAGCAAUAACUUCCUCGGCAACUGUGGUGUAGGAGAGAGAGAAGGCCGGGUGGCAUCCAGCCUUGUGGCGAGACGACAUUACAGGUUGAUCCAUGGCAUAGGUCGCUCAGGUGACAUUGCUGCUAUUCAGCCCAAAGCUGCAGGAUCCAGUCUGCUUAACAAGCUGACCAAUUCAGUUGUGUUGGACAUCCUAAAACUCUCAGGUGUCCGGAGUGUGGCGAGCUGCUUUGUAGUUCCCAUGGCAACAGGAAUGAGCUUGACGCUGUGCUUCCUGACCCUUCGUCAUCGAAGACCCAAGGCUCGCUACAUCAUUUGGCCUCGCAUCGACCAGAAGUCCUGUUUUAAAGCCAUGAUCACAGCAGGCUUUGAGCCGGUGGUGGUGGAGAAUGUUCUGGAGGGGGAUGAGUUGCGGACAGACUUGGAAGCAGUUGAGUGCAAGAUCAAGGAGCUUGGAGCUGAGAACAUCCUGUGUGUUCAUUCAACUACGUCCUGCUUUGCCCCGCGGGUUCCUGACCGGCUUGAGGAGCUGGCUGCUGUGUGUGCCAAACAUAACAUUCCCCACAUAGUGAACAAUGCAUACGGAGUGCAGUCGUCCAAAUGCAUGCACCUUAUACAACAGGGAGCUCGAGUUGGAAGAAUUGAUGCCUUUGUACAGAGCUUGGACAAGAACUUUAUGGUUCCAGUAGGUGGCGCCAUUAUCGCUGGUUUUGAUGAGUCCUUCAUACAGGAGAUCAGCAAGACGUACCCAGGUCGAGCAUCGGCCUCACCUUCCCUCGACGUUCUCAUUACCCUUCUCACUCUGGGAGCCAGCGGCUACAAGAAGCUCCUGUCAGAGAGGAAGGAGAUGUAUUUGUUCCUGGCUCAGGAGCUGAAGAGUCUAGCCUCUGCACACGGGGAGAGAUUGCUUCACACCCCACAUAACCCCAUUUCACUGGCCAUGUCUCUGGAUGGUCUCCAGGCCGACAGCGACAAGGCGGUGACUCAGCUGGGCUCCAUGUUGUUCACCCGGCAAGUGUCAGGAGCCAGGGUGAUAGCGCUGGGCAAGGAGCAGACCAUAAGCGGACACACGUUCCGGGGCUUCAUGUCGCACUCGGAGGCGUACCCCAGUCCUUACCUCAAUGCUGCCUCAGCUGUGGGGAUCACGAGGGAAGAUGUGACACUGUGCAUCAAAAGGCUCGACAAGUGCCUGAAGACCCUUAACAAGGAGGGAAGUCCAGCGAAAAACAGUUCCGCAGUACUUCCAUCGUGCCAGGAGGACACUACUGAAGAAUGACUGCCUGAAAUAAGAAAACUUUGACAAGCUAAGGAGACCAAUGUUCUCUGCUUAGUGUGAGCUCUAGGCUCGGCUGCUGCCUGAAAAUCCUCAUUUUUAUUUUAUUUAAAUUGUCAGUGACACAAGCUUAUGUCCCUGAUUAAUUCCCCACACUGUGAUUGUGUGGUAUGUAUUAGAAAUUGCAGGACACAAGCUAAAUCCAGAUGCUUCUCAGGAGCAUACGGUUAAUCAUCGCUGAUCACUGGAAGAUAAACCAAAGCCUCUGCAAAGAUUUACAUUGUUGUAUGUACAUUGAUUGUUGAAAAUACUUGACUUAUAGAUUUUGGAUUCAAAAUAGAUUACGGAUCAACCAUUUACGGCGUGUCCUUCCUGUGUGUCAUGUCUCUUAAUUAAACACCUAUCUAAAGCCGCAGUGCAGUUGUGGGA